GUGCGCGGACUGGCAGGUUCCCUCCAACUUACCCGCGCGCGGACUUUUUUUUACGGAACCUUCGCCGCGCACGACGGACGGAACUUAACACAACACCCGCCGAACGAGAUGGAGUACGCGUCGUCCUCGACGAAAAUAUUGCUCGCUCUGGUCUCGUGCGCUUUCGUUCUUUCGUCGUCGACCGCUGACGCAGCAGCCGCUAAUGACACCGGUGUGCUCGCCAAGUCCCUGUGCAAGGAAGUUGCCUUCGGCUGUCCGAUCGGUUACGAGUGCAGGACGCCCAAGGAAGGCUGUCAGAGCCAUUGUGACUGCUAUGACCCGGUAGCCAAUGAGUCACUGCCACCGGGCUGUCCAGUUCGCAUCAAGCCGUGCGAGGAGGGACACUUCUGCAUGCCGGACAAGGCCGGUGAAUGCCACACUUGCAACUGCGACACGCCCUGCUCUCAGGCCACGGGUCGCUUUUCAUGCAAGCCCAAGGCGAACCAGGCAUGCACCCGCCGGAUGGCCCGCGGCAGCUGUCCCGUGUGCCAGUGCGAGGACUGCCCGCCCAGGGUGUGCCCACGUGACUGUUACGUCAUCCAGCUGGACGCCGGCUGCAAGGAGGUGUGCAUCUGCACCGGCAAGGACGGCAUACCGUUCGCCCUGCUCAACAGCGCCACCUACUCUUAUCAAUAAAGAGGGAAUAAAUAAAGUUAUAGUUACGCUCAACAA